CUGCUUCUGUCUCCUCUGCCCCUGUUCACCCCUGUCUGUCCCUGUCUGCUCCUCUGCUCGCUUUGGAAAACUGGUGGAAGAAAUGAAAGAGCGAGCCACAGCCAGAGAUCCUGCCUCCAAAGGAGCUCAGGUGAACGGGCACGGAGGGGCCCUGAGCAUGCCUGCUUCAGAGGAGCAGAUGGAUGAGAGGGGCCAGUGGGGAAACAAACUGGAGUUCGUUCUGUCUGUGGCCGGAGAGAUCAUCGGCCUGGGCAACGUGUGGCGCUUUCCAUAUCUCUGCUACAAGAACGGAGGCGGAGCCUUCUUCAUCCCAUACCUAAUCUUCUUGUUUGCCUGUGGGAUUCCUGUGUUCUUCUUGGAGACAGCUCUGGGACAAUACACCAGUGAAGGAGGCAUCACCUGCUGGAGGAAGAUCUGCCCUCUAUUUGAAGGAGUGGGCUACGCGACACAGGUGAUCGUGGCUCUGCUCAAUGUGUAUUACAUCAUCGUGUUGGCGUGGGCCAUCUUCUACCUGUCCCACUCCUUCACCUGGGACCUGCCCUGGGCCUCCUGCAACAACACCUGGAACACAGAUUCCUGCAUGGAGUUUCAGAGGGGGAACCGCUCCACAGGUUACCAUGACAACGCCACCUCUCCUGUGAUUGAGUUCUGGGAGAGGAGGGUGCUGCGUCUCUCCUCUGGUCUGCACCACAUCGGCGCUCUGAACUGGGACCUGGUGCUGUGUUUACUGUUGGCUUGGAUCAUCUGUUACUUCUGCAUCUGGAAAGGAGUCAAGUCCACUGGGAAGGUGGUGUACUUCACUGCCACCUUCCCGUACCUGAUGUUGAUAGUUUUGCUGAUCCGAGGCAUCACGCUGCCUGGGGCCUUGAGGGGGAUCCAGUAUUACCUGUAUCCAGACAUCUCCAGGCUGUCAGACCCUCAGGUGUGGAUGGACGCUGGCACUCAGAUCUUCUUUUCCUAUGCCAUCUGCCUGGGCUGCCUCACCGCCCUGGGGAGCUACAACAAAUACAACAACAACUGCUACAGGGACUGCUUGUGCUUGUGCUUCCUGAACAGUGGCACCAGCUUUGUGGCAGGUUUCGCCAUCUUCUCCAUCCUGGGCUUCAUGUCGUACGAGCAGAACGUGCCCAUCUCAGAAGUGGCAGAAUCAGGCCCAGGUUUGGCGUUCAUAGCGUACCCUCGUGCUGUCUCCAUGAUGCCCUUCUCUCCUCUGUGGGCCUGCUGCUUCUUCAUCAUGAUUGUCUUCCUCGGUUUGGACAGUCAGUUUGUGUGCGUGGAGAGCCUGGUGACUGCUGUGGUGGACAUGUACCCGGCCGUGUUUCGCCAUAAAAACCGCCGAGAGCUCUUCAUCCUGGGGGUGUCUGUGGCCUCUUUCCUUAUGGGACUCGUCAUGUUAACAGAGGGCGGCCUGUAUAUUUUCCAGUUGUUCGAUUACUAUGCGGCGAGUGGGAUGUGCCUCCUGUUCGUGUCCAUCUUUGAAACGGUUUGCAUCGCCUGGAUUUACGGUGCUAACCGUUUCUAUGACAACAUAGAGGACAUGAUUGGUCAUCGUCCUGGUCCUGUCAUCAAAUACUGCUGGCUUUUCUUCACCCCAGCCACCUGCUUGGGGACCUUUGCCUUCUCAUUGAUCAAGUACACUCCUCUGAAGUACAAUGGGGUGUACGUGUACCCCUGGUGGGGUUAUGCCCUCGGCUGGGUCCUGGCUCUGUCCUCCAUGUUGUGUAUUCCUCUUUGGAUUCUUUUCAAACUUUUCACCACUCCUGGAUCACUGAAGGAGUCUGGAGCAGCCCAUCAGCGGCUGACCAGCACCCUGCUCCUGACAGGCCCCGAGGCUCUGAAGAAUGGGUCAGUGCAGUGA